AUGGAUGGCGUAAUUUCAAGUCUGUUGGUCGCUUUGCUUUUGUCACUCGCAUUUUCCUCUAGCACUCAACAGCAGAGCUUAUCGGGAAAUAGUACAGAAUUUAAGACGUCUUACAAGGAAUCGCACAAAUUUUCUCAGCUGAACAAGAAAAUAAAGAAAUGGUUGGAAACUAAUGAGGAAACGUUUGAUGCGGAAAAUGAGAUAAUAAUAAGCGAUACCCCUACACCCGCCAUCGAUCAGCCGUUACCCGCAAACGGAUCGAUUCCGGACGACGGCUGCGGCUCCACUUCCGUGCGGUUUGACGACGGAAACUGCUAUCCACUGAUGGGAAGACAACCUUGCGGCGACCCACAACAGUGGGUCACUGUCGAUCCUUACACAUUUAAGGGGCGAUGUACUCCGCGUCUUUGCGGGAGAGACAGGGUCUUUGUCCCUCGUACGGGACUUUGUCACGACAUCUACGACACAUCCGAGUGCCGGGGAGGUCGUCGUCUUUACUAUUCUCAAUACGGAAAACCGGUCUGCGAUUGUCCAAUAGGCCAGUUUCCAUUCCCGAACCCUCAGGAUGAUUGCGUUGCGCUUUUUACAAGAGGACCCUGUCCCUACGGGCAAGUGGUAAACAUUACUUCUGACGGCUCUAUGAGUUGCAUGAAAUCCAAUUGCCCCACAAUCUACGAGAGUAAUGAAUAUUCUUCGAAGCUUUGGAAGCAGAAGCAAAUGGUACCGACCAGCGACGGGAAAUGCUACGAACUGGGCUCAGCGGACCCGUGCUCAAAUGAUGACGAGACAUCUUCGCUGUUGGGUUUCGACAUUUUGAAGAACGAAUUGGUAUGCGUCGACAUCACCGAUCCUUCGUCACCUUAUUACUUUUCCAAAGAAGAAAAUGAUUUACUCGAUAGCGUUUUCGACGGGGUCUACCAGGAGUAACAUUAACUGACGUUAAGCUACUGUUAGAAAUAAUUCACUACGUUUCAAAAUGCUAUAAUACUUACAAGUGUAUGUGGUCCAUGAAGACCCCAGUGCAGCAAAAGAAAUCCAGCAGCUCCGGAGGUGAUGUGUUCAACGCUGGGACUACUGCUGGUGGAUGAUUUGUGCUGGCGGUUGACUUGUCGAAUGAUAUGGACGCCACAGGAUGCAGUUGUCCACACUUUUGUUAAUCGAUUCGUUUUCUUGUAGUCCUAACUCUGCUCACAAUUUAUCAAUAAUAAAAUUUAAAAAAUGU